AUGGGCGGCCGCAACAGCCGUCCGAGCGCCACGCCCGCCGGGCCGCGCAUCGUCGCGACGAAUGUGCCCAGCGUCGCACAGGCGCGGACGGGGACGGCUGCAUCUGCUUGUCACGCAUGCUGGACACUGCCACGAAAGGACGUCGUUGGCAUCGUUAUCUCCUGGGGAGGUGCCACGUCCUUGGCUACUGCCGACCUCCCUUCGGAGUACAGGGUCUUCGCCCUGGGCGACGGUGCCACGCUGCCUGGAGGCCCCGGGCUUUACAUGACCCCACCUGGGCCACCGCUGCUGCUUGUGGUGGCGGAACCGGGGGAGGUGAAUGUCUUGAAGCACCUGGCCGUGGCUCCUGGCUGCCACCCGGCAGCUGCAACGGAGCUGGUCUGCGACUGGUUGAAGUCGAUGCUGCCAAAGAGGUGCAAGCUUGAAUGCAUCGAAGAUGCGAGCGCGUGCGGGCUUGACUUAUCCCAGCUACAGCAGCUGGAGGAAGGCGCGCUGGAUGCACUUGUGGAGAGCAUUCGCUCGUUCCUGCCUCCCGAUGUGGAGUUGCACGGCGCGGCCACGGUUUCCAAACGCUACAACGCACGUUGGGAGGGCGCUCGCCGCGACUACCGCUUCUUGUUGCCCAGCUUCUGUGUCGUGCCAACGUUGGCCAAAGUCCGCCAAUGGCUGGCAGAAAACAGGCCCAUGGAAUCCCCGACGGGUUUCAACGUUGAGGAUCUCAGGGAGAUUGAGGAGGAGCUGGGACUGCGGCAGGUUCGCCUCACCGACGACCAGCUGAAGCGCUUUCGGGAAGCCUUUUCUAGCUUCGAGGGUACGCACUACUUCGGGAACUUCGCCAACAAGAAGUUGGAUCCCAUGGGCCCCCAAGGCUUCCGGCACCUGCGAAGGGCGGCCUGUGGAGAACCCUUCCUGGAUGACUUCGGCAGAGAGUGGCUUCCAUUGGAGAUCAGUGGAGAUAGUUUCCUGACUCACCAGAUCAGGAAGAUGGUGGCCACCGCGGCCUUGGUUGCGCAGGGCAUAGUGUCGCUGGAAUUCAUCCAAGCUGCCAUGCACAGGCGCAUCUACGUGAAGACGCAGCGGUUUCCGCCGGUCGGGCUGAUGUUCCAAAGGCCGUUCUUCAGCCCGAAGACUCCGCAGCGUGCCGGUGUGGAGGCAGCGAUCCAGUCUGAAGAUGUCUCCGACCGCAUCGCUGCCAUGAAGGCGCGCCUCGAGGAGGCCAUCCUCAAGGCCCGGCCCGGCCAACCCAUCCAGAGCCGCAGAGCAGCGCAGAGCAGACUUCGUCAAGGUUUCGGAUGUCGGCCUGCCCGCCCUGUCCGCCCUCCGCCAGGAAGCAGAUGA